AUGGCGAUCCUGUGGAUCCAGCUCAGUAACACAGGAAAAAGUUCAUCAGGAGCAUGGCUCCCAGAGAAAAAAUCCCUUGUUGCCUGUGAAGGAACAGUGGCUCGACUCCACUGUGAAGAAGGUCAGGCUAUCUAUGUGACCAGUGCUACAUACGGACGCACUGAUAAGAAGACGUGCAGCGCUGGUAGACCGGCCGACCAGCUAGAGAACACUGAAUGCUUCACAUACGCAGAGGAAGUUGGUGAGAGAUGCAACGGGAAACAGUGGUGUAAAGUCAAAGCCAGUAACUAUGUGUUCGGAGAUCCCUGCUAUGGAACCUACAAGUACCUGGAGGUGGAAUAUAUUUGUUACGAGGUUCCCCAGUCGUGCCCAGAAUAGAAGCAGAAGUCGCCUUCUUCAUCAGGAUGUUGAUGAAGACUCUGGUGCUGCUGCCCCAACAGAUGAUGGCUGAAGACAACAAACUGAGAGAAGAUCUGCAGCAUCUUGUUGAAAACCUGGAAGGAUCUUAGCGUCCUCAAGAAGCUGACAGAAAAUAAUCUGAAUUACAAUUAAACAUAACAAAUAAAGUAAUAUCACAGAUUAUAGCUUUGAAAAUCUUUUUAUUUUUCUUCCUGUUGUAUCAAACUUAAAGACAGUUUUUCUCUCCAACUGCUUCUCUUUGUAAACUUCUUCAGCCAAAAUAAAACAAAAAGCUGAAAGAG